AAUAUAUCCAAACAAUGCAAAUUUUUCUCUCCAUUAUCUUCCGUCGAAUCCCACCCAUCCAAACAAGAAAGAAAAAAACUUUCUCAACCUCUUCCCUUCCACAAAACACCGACUCAAAAGACCUCCCUGUCAAAACAGUCAUCUCUUUCUCUCUCUUCGCUUCAAGUGCUUGUUUUUGCAUGCACUCAAGCUAGAGACUUGAGAGAGAGAGAAAGAUGGUGAGUGUGCAGAGAAUUUUGGUGUUCAAUUACUUGCUAAUAUCAUUAGCUGUUGUUCUGGGUUUGCUCACAAAUGGUUCAUGGGCCGAAGAUAAGCUUGUGAAUCUGACGAGGUUGAAGAUGUUCGUGGAUGAGCUUCCUGAUAUGCCCAAAAUCAAGGCCUUCCAUCUUGUCAAUGGUGUCCCCAAACCCAAGUCACUCAAGAUUGGCAUGUACAAGAUUAACUGGAAAUUCCACAGAGACCUUCCCCCAACGCCAGUGUUCGCCUACGGCACACAUUGGAGAACAGCAACAGUGCCUGGUCCAACAAUUGAGGCCCUCCACGGAAUUGAUACCUACGUGACGUGGAUGAAUCGCCUACCUUCAAAGCACAUUCUGCCUUGGGAUCCAACCAUUCCAACGGCCCGAGCUGCCACUAACAAGGGCGUUCCUACUGUGGUGCACGUACACGGUGCCAUCGAUGAACCCGCCAGUGAUGGAAACGCAAACGCAUGGUUUACCGCUCGAUUUGAAGCCCGUGGCCCACUUUGGUCCAACCGUAAAUAUCACUACCGCAAUCAGCAACAUCCUGGCAAUCUAUGGUACCAUGAUCAUGCCAUGGGCUUGACUCGAGUCAACCUCCUCGCUGGCUUGAUUGGGGCCUACAUUAUUCGCCAUCCUCAAGUUGAGGGCCCACUUGGUCUGCCCCGUGAUGAAUUUGAUCGUUCGUUGAUCGUGUUCGAUCGUAGCUUUCGCACCGAUGGUUCCAUAUACAUGAAUUCCACGGGAAACAAUCCCUCCAUACACCCACAAUGGCAGCCCGAAUAUUUUGGCGAUGCAAUUAUUGUGAAUGGAAAGGCAUGGCCCCGGCUUACGGUACGACGCCGUAAAUACAGGUUUCGAAUUAUCAACGCUAGCAAUGCGAGGUUCUUCAGGUUCUUCUUCGCCAACGGUUUGAGAUUUACCCACGUGGGGUCUGAUUCAGCUUACCUUGGGGAACCGGUUGAGACCAAUGACAUUUUACUGGGGCCAUCUGAGAUCACAGACGUGGUGGUUGACUUUUCAAAGUCAAAGAACGAUAAUGCUAUCCUAGCCAAUGAUGCACCGUAUCCUUACCCAUCUGGUGACCCUGUCAACGACGCGAACAGUAAGGUCAUGAAGUUUUUCGUCGUUGGCUAUUCAGCUGUUGACACGUCGCGGAUUCCAAAGAGGUUAAUUUCCUACCCUGUCCCUGAUUUAUCCAGUGUGUCGCGCACCCGAUAUAUCGCUAUGUACGAGUACACGAGCGACAUUGAUGAGCCGACACAUCUUUAUUUGAACGGGAAACCGUAUGAGGCGCCGGUGACUGAGAUCGCAAAAGCAGGGACCAGCGAGGUGUGGAACGUGAUCAAUUUAACGGAGGACAAUCAUCCCUUACACAUCCACUUGGGACUGUUUGUUGUAUUGGAACAGAGGGAGUUGGUGGAUGUGGAGAAGUUCAAAGACUGUAUGAACAAAACAAACGACGCCGUCAAGUGCAAUAUAAGCAAGUAUGCACGUGGCAAAAACAUAGACGUGCCAGCGUACGAGAAGGGGUGGAAGAACGUAUUCAAGAUGAGACCCGGGUCAGUGACCAAGAUUCUUUUGAGAUUUGCUUACCUGCAUACAAAUGCAUCCUACGAAUUUGAUCCAACAGCGGAGCCUGGUUACGUGUACCACUGCCACAUCUUGGAUCAUGAGGACAAUGCGAUGAUGAGACCCUUAAAAGUCAUCCGUUGAGAAGGAGAAAAACUUUCAUAUUCUCGUUUCAUUGUUUUAUUUUCUCUAUCUUUCUCCUCAUGUUGUCUAUUAAACGAGGGGAGAUAUAGAGAAAAAGAUAAUGAAAUGGGAAUAUGAAAGUAUUUCUCAUUGAGAAGGCCGGCCAAGGUCCAUUACAUUGGGUACUUUUAUCAUGUAGGUAGUCUACCUAGUGCCUGAGAUAAGGUCUGGUCAACAAAGAUGUAAUCACAGUUUGCAAAUUGAUCAGAAGUUUAAUACUUUGAUUCGAAGGGAAUUAUUAUAAUAAUUAUUGUUAUUAUUUUCA